UUCCAGGUCCAAAAUUCAGGGAUUGCCCUCUCAAAUCUAGAAGCCAACUGAGUUUUCUUCUGCCGUGACCCAAAGCAUCUCCUCCUCCUCCUCCGAUCCAGCCAUGUCGUCCGCGCCUCCCGCCCACCAAUCCAGACCCUCUCACAACCGCCGCCAUCCCAACCCCGGGCCACGGCAGCAGCAGCAGCAGGAGCGCUACGUUCCCAAAUCCGCCGCCCCUUCCGCUCCUAAACCCUCGCCCCCACCAUCGCUCACCACCGCCCUCCGAUCAUCUACUGAGCCGUCUGCAUCUGGCGCCGGCAGCGGAAGUGGCGGUGGAGCGGCCGAUGGGUUCGUGGCCUACCUUCCACACGACGAGGCGGUCGCGGCCGGUCUUGGCGGCCUCGACGUCCAGGAGUCGCAGUCAGUCGUCGACCUCCUCAACGAUGCCCUCGCGUCGCUCCUCCGUGCCAAGCCUCGCGACUUCUGGCGCCAGGUGGCACAGAAUACCUCUCUGCAUGAGUUCCUAGAUAGUUACCUGCAAUUCAGGCACCGGUGGUAUGAUUUACCACAUCGGGGGCCCAAAGGGACAGUUGCUGGCUUGGUUGUUGGGGAGCUUGAGCUUUGCCGCCGUGUCUUUAUGGUCCUCUAUCGCAUAUCUUCAAACAAGGAUCCUGGAGCAGGCCCGAUCGAGUCCCUUAGCAUGAAGGAGCAUGCAGCCCUUCUACAGGAGAAAAGAUUGCUUGAUCUACCAAAGUUAUUGGAUAUAUGUGCUAUUUAUGGGCAUGACAAUGGAAAGUUGAUAAGUUCACUGGUUACAAAUGCUAUCAUCGUGCAACCAAAUGUUCUCGAUGGCAUCAAUGUUGUCAUUCCCCAAUUCCUUGGCAUUUUCCACAUGAUGCAGGAGAGGUGCAUGAAGUCGUUACAGGCACUCAGUUCACCUGGACCAAAUGACAAUGGACAUGCGCAGCUUCAGAAGGAUUUUUCUGAGGUGUUGGAUUUUGUGAAUGAUGCCAUUAUCACUCUGGAUGCCUUUGCUGAUGCUUACCAGCCUGCUGCUUUGUUGUUAUGCACUUCUUUUGAAACAGGGUAUGGAGUUGAGGAAUUAUUGAAUGCCCUUGCAAGAUUGUAUGAUCUGCUGUUACCAUCUUUGCUUCAGGGGUUUCAAGUUAUUUCCAGUUCCCAAAGCAAUAGAGAGGCUUCAUCUGACAAUAGACUUAAGGACAUAGUUCUUGGUAUAAGAAUGUUGUCAAAGAGAGCUGUUAGUUUUGGUUGGAGAUUAUUGGAGUUCUGCUAUUUAAAUGAUCAACUUAAGGAGCAUGAUGUCCAAGCUUCUACUAAGAUGUUUCCAGCUAAAGUCGAAGAUCCUAUGAUAAGGGGAGAAAUCAUAGUUCAAACACUUAAGGAUAUCAAUAGUGAAGCCACUUACUCUUCUCAAGGGAAUCCUGGAAAGACAUUUAUGCAAGCUCUUCAAAAGGAAUUUCAGUUGAUGGCUCGGAUUGGUGAUAUUCGGAACAAAGGAUGGAUAUACAUGGACGAUGAGCAGUUCCAGUUCAUAUCACGGUUGUGUGGAUCCACAGGCACUCCUUCAAAUAGUGUCCCUGAUUUGCCGGUAUCUUCCCAUGGGGGUGAACUGGAACAGAAGAAUGAGGAAGCUGCUAUCAUUGAGUCUAAGAUUAGUCAAAUAAGGGAAAUUUUUCCUGAUUAUGGGAAAGGUUUCCUUGCCGCUUGCUUGGAAGCCUACAAUCAGGACCAUGAGGAAGUUACCCAGAGGAUUCUAGAAGGGACACUUCAUCAAGAUCUUCUAGCUUUAGAUACUUCAUUACAAGAGAUGCCGCAACGAAAACCUGCACCUAGUACUGGGAGAGAUAAAGGCAAAGGCAUACUAGUGGAAACUUUGCCUACGAUUACGAAUAAACCCCAUAAAGUUGAAGCCCAAUCUUCUUCAGUUUCAUCAGCAUCCAAGGCUCCUACCUCAUACAUAUCUUCAGUUUCAUCAGCAUCUAAGGCUCCUACCUCAUCUGUAUCAUCAGUUCCACAAGGUAGAUUUACAAGGAAGUCCAACGAUUCUUUGCCUGACUAUGCAGUUCUGGACUCACAAAAAGCUAAAGAUGCUAUUAAGUCAGCUGUUCUUGAAUCCCAGUAUGAAUAUGAGGAUGAAUAUGAUGAUUCAUUUGAUGAUCUUGGCUUCAGCGUGGUAGAGUCAAGUUAUGAAGAAACUGAGGGUGCCAAUGAUGUUGAGACUUCCUCGAGUGGACCGCGUUGGGCUUCGCAGAAGCAGCCGCAGUUUUAUGUUAAGGAUGGGAAGAACUACAGCUACAAGGUUGCUGGUUCAGUUGCUGUAUCAAAUGCUCGUGAAGCAGCAGUGCUAAAUCAGACUCAAAAAGAUACAAUUCAUGGUCUUGGACGUGGUGGAAAUUUACCCAUGGGAGUUCCCAACCGGCAACAUAGAGUUGUGGAGGAAGAGGAGGGUGGCCAUGCAAACAACUUCAGCAGAGGAGGCUCAAAUCCCCGUGGUCGAGGCAGAAGAGGUGGCUGGGAUCACGGUGACCCAUCGGAGGAGAACGAGAAUUCUAGUAACCGUCAAGGUUUUGGUCGUGGUGGAAGAAGAGGAGGCAGGAAUCAUGGCAACCUGCCAGAGGUAAAUGAUGGCCAGCAAGGUUUUGGCCGUGAUGCAAGAAGAGGGACCAGGGAUGAGGACAACCGGCCAGAAGUGAACAACUACUCUAAUGGCCAGCAAGGUUUGGGCCGUGGUGCAAGAAGAGGGGCCAGGGAUGAGGACAAGCGGCCAGAAGUGAACAACCACUCUAAUGGUCAGCAAGGUUUUGGCCGUGGUGCAAGAAGAGGGGCCAGGGAUGAGGACAACCAGCCAGAAGUGAACAACAACUCUGAUGGCCAUCAAGGUUUUGGUCGUGGUGCAAGAAGAGGGGGCAGGAACCAUGGCAAUCCAGCGGAGGACAAUGAAGACCAUAAUGCAGCACAAGGUUUCGCUCGAGGGGGGCCAGCCCCUCGUGGAGGCGGUGGAAGGAGGGGUGGCCGGAAUCAUAACCGGAGGGAUCAGGCGUUGAGGAAGCAUAUGCAAGGAAUGACAGGGCUUUAGCUCCUGGUAGCACUGUUGUUUGAAGUGUGGCAGGAAAUGUAAAUGAGGCCAAGUUAUUGAGGGGCAGACGACUCAUGCCAAGUUUGUACUUGGUUGUUCCCAAUUAAAUUCAUACAACAAGCAAUACCCAUAGUUACUCGUUUGUUUUGUCAAAAACAUGUAUGAAAUGAGAGAAUUCAAAAAGGUGGAUUACCGUGGAGUACUUGUGCGUUGCGUUGCUGUACACGCAUGCCUGGUCAUGCUAGGAGCAUGCUGCCGUUUUGGUAUUUCAAAGUUUAUGUUAAAGAUGAUCAAUGCUAGGUAACUGCACACUGACAAUUGACGUAUAGACCUUGGUCUCAUCCCUUUGUUUU